AUGGAGGCGAACUCUACGACUGCAUCAGAGGGAACGGGUCAAAGCAGUCUAAAACCGGUUGCCGUAUCUUCCACUUCGUCGCUCGAUAGCUUUUUCGCCACGAACUUUGCUAGUGGGACUAGUCCAAUUGCUGAUACCGGAAGUCCGGCAUACGAACACACGUUGGAUUUUACCAUGAACGCGACUUCAGAGACGGCUUCGGAGCCGACGGAUACAACCACGCAACAAUACAUACCGCACUCUUCCGCUGGACUGAGCAGCACUAGCUCCGUUAUCUCGCCGGCCACCACGCAACCAAUGCCGGCAGGGCAUCAACUUUCGAUUUUGAAUCCCUUGAUGCUACCUUCAGCACAGGUACCGAUGUUGUCUACCGCUGCAGGCAAUGUACCAAUACCAGGGACUCCAGGGAACAACUCGAUACCAGAGUUCCUCUAUCAGCUAACAAAGAUGCUGACGGAUAACAACCGAGAUAUUAUUGAAUGGACAAAUGGCAAGAUUGAAGUACACAGUCCUCACAAACUGGAAGCGCAAGUAUUACAUAAGUACUUUCGGCAUUCCAAGUUCGCAUCUUUUCAAAGACAGCUCAAUUAUUUUGGUUUUCGUAAAUUGGCGGGCAAAGGCAAGAUGGCUCCGUGUUCGUACGUCAACGAGGAUUCCAAAGGGGACAUUGGAAGCCUGUUGCUAAUCAAGCGCAAAACAACAGCGUCGAUUUCGCUAAAAGAUAAAGACAAGCUGAGUGGGAAGAAACGGGAUGCCCCUACCAGCAAGUCGCCAAAAAUCCAACCGACCUCGAAUGACCCACCUUUAGUCAAUCCAGUACUAGCUGGUAUUCUAUAUCGAUCAAAGGGAGCGUCAUCCGCACCAGCUGGUUUGCUGCCAGACACGGCAAAGCUCAGACCUUCCGUCCUUUCUCAAUCCAAUAUCAAGCCCGGGUCAUCACAUCAAGCUUUGGCACAAACCGCGGUGGGCCGUGGAAUUCGACACGGGUAUACUGCAGCGUCAUGUGGCAAAAGUGUUCCAAGGCAAGCUCUUUCGACUAACUCCAAGGCAGAAGCGAUGACAUCCGCUUCUGCCUCCUCCAGCCAAUCUGAUUUAGCCUCGGCUGCCUUGAACCAUUCAUCAUUUACUUUUCCUGAAUCCACAGUAGACAGUCUAUCACAGCUCGCUAGUAAUUAUCAGAAUACUUUGACCGGAGGCCAAUCCAAUGACGUGGAGGUUGAGGCAGAGCCUACGCCCUUGGAGCAACUACGAUCUCGGACUACUUCUCCUAGCGGAUCACAUAACAACUACGUCUGCUUCUUGAGUCGCAAUUCUUCAUUGGUCGAUCUAGCGAUGAUACCUGGGAUUGAUGAGGAUUUGCAGCCAAGUACGGAUACAAACUCUUACGGAUUAAGCUUCGUUGACUUUCCCAAUCCUGAAGUACAUCCGAGUUCUUCGUCAGUCGCUACAGGGAACAGUGCUGACGAACAGGGAGAAUCUGCGUCAAAAUAG